AGAUAAGUUAUAUACAGUAUAAUCAAUGAUGUGUGUAACAUGACACUUUCAAGGUCACUGAAUCAUACUUCAUUUAUGUGUAACCUCUAAUAGUUUGGGAUUUAGUAUAAAUUACAGACAAAAUGAGCAGUACAAAAUGGAUGUUUGCUAUCCCUGUUCUGGUUGGAACAGCAAUUGUUGCUACUACAGCAGUUGUUGCCAAAAUGUUCCUGUUUGGAGACAAGAAAAAGAAGAACCCAGUGACUCUACAAGAUCCAACUGUUAAAUAUCCACUGAAACUUAUAGAUAGAGAGGUAAAUUGUGAGCAAGUUUUUAAAGUUUCAUGUUGUCAUUUCCUGGUUUUACCUGUAGGUCAGCAUAUUUACCUGUCAGCACGUAUUGAUGGUCAACUGGUCAUCCGUCCGUACACACCUGUAUCUAGUGAUGAUGAUAAAGGGUACAUGGAUCUUGUUAUUAAGGUUUACUUCAAGAACGUGAACCCGAAGUUUCCCGAUGGAGGUAAAAUGUCCCAGUAUCUGAACAACAUGGAGGUCGGAGAUUAUAUUGAUGUCCGUGGACCUAGUGGACUUCUUGUUUAUGAUGGAUGUGGUGAGUUCAAGAUCCGCCAUGAUAAGAAGUCUGAUCCCCGCUCUGUCACUGCCAAGAGGAUCGGUAUGAUCGCUGGAGGAACCGGUAUCACCCCCAUGUUACAGUUAAUCCGUCAGAUACUCAAGGACAAGAACGACAAAACUGAAAUGUGUUUACUCUUUGCUAACCAGACAGAAGAUGAUAUAUUAUUGAGACCCGAGCUGGAGGACUUGCAGCAGACGUACGGUGACAGAUUCAAACUUUGGUUCACCUUAGAUAGACCAGCUGAUGACUGGAAGUACAGUAAAGGUUUUAUCAGUGAUGUAAUGAUAAAGGAACACCUACCCCCAGCGGAGGAAGGCACCAUUGUUCUGAUGUGUGGACCCCCGCCCAUGAUCAACUUCGCCUGUCUACCCAACUUGGAAAAACUUGGUUACAACUCCGAUAUGAGAUUUGCCUUCUAGACAAUAAAUAUAGAAAUUGUUAGAUACUUUUAUCAAAGAUAAAAAACCAUGGCAAGACCAGUCCAUUCAUGCUGUUUUGUGAUUGGUUGGUUUAAAUUGAUAAAGAACCAAUCAAAAUAUAGGAAUUUAGACUGGUAUACAAAAAAAUAUUAUUUUAAUUUUGGGAAUUGUUUUUCUUUGAUAUUUGUAUAUCUAUUUGGUGCAUAUCAACUUACUAUUUAAUACACGCUGUAGUUAUUUAUCAAAUUGUUAAGUUGUGACCUUUAAAAGUGCUACAAGAAUUUAAAAUAUUGUUGUCAUAGCAAUUUUAGUUGUUUUAAGCAAACAGUUGCAUUAGCUUUGCCAACAAAAGUGAUAUUUUCAUUUAAAUAUAUUAAAAAUUUCUUUGUAUGUUUUAGUGUUAGAUAGAAAUAUUUAUGCAUCAUUUAAUUUAUACCUAUAUUAUAGACAUAUUAAAGGCUUAAGUUUUUAAAUUGUUAUCUUGAUGUCCAAAUAACGUGAUAGGUAUCAGUUAAAUUUAGAAAAUGAACUCGAAAUAAAAUGAAAUUGUAAAAUUAUAAAUUGGGACCACAGACAUUUGAAAUAUAUGGACAGAGAAUAUUUAUGCUGAACAGAUAUAAAAAAAACCAUCUUAACUGGGAAAUAAGAGAUCUUCGUAUAUUUAUUCAAUUUAACAAUGUUAAAAAAGGAUAAAGCUGUGAAGUGAAAUUUUCAAUAUAUAUUUAAGUGUUAGGGAGCCUAAUGAGCAUGCUGAACAUGCAUGUAAGCUACCAAAUUUGUACUUUCUCAAAUAAUGAUAUCUCAGUGGAAAAUUCCCUCUCACAUGAAAAAAAAUGAACUUAAAAAUAGGUAAACGAAAAAAACUGUGGAAAGGAGGUACAUGUAUAUGGUUAUAUAGUGAGCAGCUUAUGGUUAUGUCAAUAUUACCUGACAUUGGUCAUUAUUUACCGUUCAUUAGGAUUUGUAGUUGUCAUAAAAGUUGUUAUUAACAAUGGGUGAUAUGGUUUAUAUCUUAUUGAAAAUACAGGUGUAUUACUGGAUAGUCAUAUAGGUUGUGAUAUCUACUGAAGGCUUUAUGUAGCUUUGUUAAGAGAUGUACAUUGUAAUUAUAAUACUGCGCAUUUGUAACGUCACUUUUCAUUGGAUAAUUGUAACUUAUAUAUAAUCCAUAUACAUGGCUGCAGUAAAUUUUUUUUUUAAAGUAAUUUUCGUUUUCUUCCAAUAAAUUAAAUCUGCUGUCUUAAAAAUUCUUUAUAAAUAUGCCUGAUAUGUUAUAUGGUUGUAUUUAAAUGGUUGUUUGCAAUAUAACCUUCGUCUAGAAGCUUUGGUUAUAUAACCUUACAACCUUUUAAUAGUGAGGUAUAUAACCUGUAAAGACAUCAUUAUAACUACAUAAUUAUAUAUAACUACAUGCAAUAACAUAUGGGUUUCAAGCAAUAUACACUGUAUAAUGUACAAUUAUUAUUUUUUAAUUAUAUCAAAAAUUUUCAGCACUACACAUAUGCAUAGCUCUGUGUACUAAAUGAAUAUUUAUUAACAUUUUUAGUAACACAAAGUGUUCAUUUUUGCUGAAUGAGGCGAAAAUUUAGAAACAUAUGCUGUAUAAUAAAAAAAAGAAUGCAUGUUUAAGCUAUUUUAGUGUAAAAGUUUUAAUUUAUUCUUUAAUUAAAGCAUGAUUCUUCUUAUAUUAAAAAUUAAAUCAUAUACAGAUCAAUAACUUACAAAAUUGAAAAAAAAGUGCUUUUUAUACUGUGAUAAUUUGACAUCAGGGUCUGUCUGUGUUAAAAUAUUUGUUUUGUUUUGUUGAAGACUGGUCAAUGUGCUUCAGUGAAUUUGAAAUGCUGAAAAUAUAAAAUUGUUAGGAAAAAAAGUAUCUUACACUACAUGAACAAAGUUCUUGCCUAUAAAUAUUCCAGUCUAAUGCACAAAAAAUUUUAUGUUGUGCUAAUUUCAUCUAUUUACUGACUCGUCAAAUUCUGCAGUUAUGUUGUGCAAUUUCUCAGAGGGAAAAAUUCCUUUUUGCAUUUACAGUCAGUCAAGUGAAUGUUUGUUUAGAAUGAAUAUUUUGUAUUUUUAUAUUAUGCACAUUGGCUUAUGUAACUUAAUAAAUCUUGUAAUAUUCA